AUGCUGGAGAACUGGGGGAUGUGGGGCUACCUCACGGGUGAGCGGAUCUGUCCUCCCCGUCCUCUUCUUCCCACGCCGCCCACAUACCCGCCAGAUGCCGAUGAUGAUGCCAAGAAUGCUUUACUUGAGGCAUUUGAGACUGAGAUGGAGAGCUACCAGUCUGAUCUCGGUGUCUAUGAGACUUGGCUGCGCGAGGAAAAAUCUGCUAAGGCUAUCUUACUUGCGAGCAUGGAGGUCGAUCUCUCGUUAUCCCUUAGAGGUCUUGCCACUUCACACCUUAUGUGGGAUCACCUCCGUCGCAGUUACGAGAUUCGUAACGAAGCGAUGUACCUUGCUGUUGUUGAGGAGGCUCAGUCGCUUCGUCAGCUUGACUCCACAGUUGAGGCCUUCCACCGUCAGAUGACGGCUGUCUGGCAUCGCCUGGACAGUUUGGGCGCUGAGUUCUGCGGUGGUGGUACUUGUCGGUGCUGUGACCGUCAUCGGGACCAGAGAGACAUUCUUCGCCUUCACGAGUUUCUCUCUCGGCUUCGUCCCGAGUUCGAGACCGUUCGAGCACAGUUGUUGACUCGUCGUCCGCGCCCAUCGCUCUCAGAGGCGAUGCCUGAGUUACGAGCUGAGGAGACACGUCUUCGAGCUGGGGGUGUGACUUGUGCUCCGCCGCAGCCCUCCGUCCUAGCAGCCACACCUCCCCAGGUCUCUCCGUCUCACUCUGAUACCAUGUUAGAAGAUGACCGAUCAGCUCUAUUGCAAGGCCCAAGAGGGCAAUUCUGCUCACAUAUUUUCUUGAAGAAAUGGAGCAUUCUGCUCAAGGCGGAAGACCACAGACCAGGACUGCUAGAUGGAGCUGGUAUCCUCACCAAAUUGCAAACGUCUGAGCUGGGCAUGCAAGCCAAGGAGUUCUGCCAUCCGUGGACUAAGGGCAAUGUAAAAGGGAAUGGUAUGGAGGGUAGGCGAUGGAGAGCAAAUACGUAUAUCGGUAUAUGGGAAGACCCGUGGAUACCGGCAGGUAUAACAAGAAGGCCUCGGAUGCCGAGAGGUUCAGUGCUCCUAUCCAAAGUCUCUGAACUUAUCGAUCCAUUGACGAGUAAUUGGGACUCUCAGUUGGUCCGGGAUAUUUUUUGGGAAGAAGAUGUGGCAAAUAUACUCUCUAUCCCUAUUCAACCGGCCAGUGAAGAUGCGGUGGCAUGGCACUUUGAUUCUAAGGGAAUAUUCAGUGUCAAAUCUGCAUACCAUGUGUUGGAAGAUAAUCAAGAGCUCAAAAAGGAUAGAAGUCCAGAUGAGAGUUUGGUCGAAGUUGCCCUUACAAUAGAAGACGUCAGACUGAAGUUGCUGGAGGCCCGAUCUGCUAUUGACUGUGAAAUCGGUGCUGGACUUGGAAGCGGAAAUAUGUCUCGACGCAGUCGUCCUAAUGUGGAAGACAUGGGAUGCAAGGAAUAA